AUGGAUCGUCAUUGGAUAAAUAUUCCAAAUAAACUUUCAGCAGAAUAUGCUGCUGGAAUGAAUGAAUUCAUUAGUGUUGCAAGACACUCCAUGGCCUCUAAUGGGAUGGUUCUAUGCCCUUGUUGUCGAUGCGUGAAUAAGAAAUCACAAUACAUGCAUGUGAUAAAGGUGCACUUGAUCACUCAUGGAUUUCUUAGUACUUACACAAGGUGGUAUCACCAUGGUGAGCAAGCAGAGGAAGUAGAAGAUGAAGGAUUAUUCGAUACCGAGGAUAAUGUUGAAGAUUCAGAUCAACGUGAUGAUUUGGCGGCAGGUCUUCAUGAUGCUAUUGGUAGUAAGUAUUUUGACAUUGGUCCAACUAGUGACUUCAAUGAUGAAUCUCCACUUAAUGUGGAUGACAAGUAUGAUGCAUUGUUUGAGUCACUUCAUAAGCCUUUGUACAAUAAUUGUAAAGGUUUCUCUGUCUUAAGCGUGAUGGUGAAGUUGAUGAAUCUCAAAGUUCUUAACAAAUGGACAGAUAAAUCAUUCGACGGUCUUUUGGAGUGUUUGAGAGAGAUAUUGCCCGAGGGUAAUCAGUGCCCAGGGAAUUAUUACCAGACGAGGAAGCUUCUUUGUGAGGUGGGCUUAGGCUAUGAGCAAAUUGAUGUUUGUCAAUACGAUUGUGCAUUGUUUUAUGGUGAGAAUGCAAAUGCAGUGUCAUGUCCUGUACGGAAAAAUGAAGCUGGGAUUUUACGUCAUCCUGCUGAUGGGGAUGCUUGGAAGCAUUUCAACAAUGUUUAUCUUGAUUUUGCAGCUGAUUCCAGGAGUGUACGAAUGGGGUUGGCGUCAGAUGGGUUUAACCCUUUGUCUAAUAUGACAUCAACCUAUAGUCCUAAAUCUCCUGGAAAAGAUUAUGAUGUGUUCUUGAAGCCAUUAAUUGAAGAUCUUAAAGAGUUAUGGGAUGGAGUCAAUGCAUAUGAUUUGGUCAAUAUGGUCAAUGCAUAUACAAGAUCUAGAAGAAUUACUGACAAACAAUGUUUCAUGGGACAUCGAUGUUAUUUGAAAAGAAACCAUUCUUGGAGAAAAAGUAAAGAAUAUGAUGGAUCUACUGAAUUACGUUGCCCUCCUAGAACUUUUACUGGUGAUGACAUUUUAAAGCAAUUGGAAGAAAUUCCUAUUCAUACCCCUGGUAAAGCACCAAGUAAUUCUUCUAGAAAACGUAAGCGUGGAGAGAAAGAGCUGAAUUGGUGUAAAAGAAGUGUUUUGUUUGAAUUGUCAUACUGGUCAAAGCUCUUGCUGCGUCACAAUCUUGAUGUGAUGCAUAUAGAGAAAAAUGUAUGUGAUAACAUUAUUGGAACACUUUUAGACAUUGAAGGUAAAUCGAAAGACAAUUUAAAAGCUCGUAAGGAUUUGCAAAAUAUUAAUAUUCGUGAAGAGCUUUGGCUGAAGAAGGACCCUUCUAAUAACAAGCUUGAAAAACCUUAUGCUAAUUACACUUUGACGAGAGAAGAAUGCAAAGAUUUUUGUAAAUUCAUUCAAAGUGUUAGAUUACCAGAUGGAUAUGCUUCGAAUAUUAGUCGAUGUGCAACAGAUAAUGACAAACUAAGAGGAAUGAAAACUCAUGAUUGGCAUGUUUUACUUCAUAAGAUAUUACCAGCUGCAUUACUUCCUUUUCUGACAGACAACAUUCGUGGUACUUUGAUUGAACUCUGCCAAUUCUUUCAAAAAAUUUGUGCAAAAACAUUACAAAUUUCUGACAUAGAACAAUUGAGAGAUGGAAUUGUAAUAAUUUUGUGCAAGUUGGAAAAGAUAUUCCCCCCAUCAUUUUUUACCAAAAUGGUUCAUCUCUGUGUUCACCUACCCGAUCAAGUGUUAUUAGGUGGUCCAGUUGCUUCGAGAUGGAUGUUUGGGACAGAACGCCAUAUGGGUUUGUACAAGAAAUAUGUGAGAAACAUGUCUCGGCCUGAUGGUUCAAUAGCGGAAGCUUUUGUUGUAGAUGAUGCUGUAACUUUCUUGUCAAGAUAUGUUUCUAACAUAGAGACAAGAUUCACAAGACCCGAGCGUAAUUGGGAUAUACCUUCUCCAAAUCAUAAGUUAGAUGUUUUCAACUCCAAUGUUCGUCCAUUUGGGGCAUCUACUAUCAAAUUGCUUCAAAAUUGGAGAAAAGUCGUUCAAUGGUAUAUAUUGAACAAUUCUGUAGAUGAUAUCCAAGAUUUUAUCGAUUGUUGGAAGAAAAAGGUCUUUCAGAUUCAGAAGUUGCCUUAUAGCACAAAGAACAAUUUCCUUCUUGGUUUAAGAAUAAAGUGUCUCAAAUGUGAGUUCAAAAAUCACCUCUUGCCAAUGAUGAUUUGUACUAUUUAUCUCAAGGUCCACUUGAACGGCACAACACCUACCAAAGUUUUGUCAUUCGUUUUAGAUCGGAAGGUGUUCUUAUUUCGUUGUAAGUGGUAUAACUCCAAUCCAAAAGGUAGAUCAAUUGUUGUGGAUCAUAAUUUGACUUCCAUCAAUACAUCUACUGAUUGGUAUUCUAAUGAACCAUUUAUCUUGGCAACUCAAGCACAACAAGUUUUCUAUUUGCUUGAUAUGAAGCGUGGUUCAAAUUGGCGGAUUGUUCAAAAAGUAAAUCAUCGAUCUAUUUAUGACAUUCCUGAAAUUAUGGAAGAGGCAGUAAAUAAUGAUGUGUUUCAAGAAGAAGAAUCAUUUCAAUUUCCACCUUUUCAACCAACUGAGUAUUUCAUUGAAAGUUCAUCUUUAGUUCGAUUAGAUGUUCCUUCUGUAACUCUUUCAGACCAACUUGUUGUUGAUUUAUUUUUAAACCAAAAUCAAAAUGUUGACAAGGAUAGUGACUUAGAUGAAGAUUUUGAUGAAGGAAAUAUAUUCUGUAAUAAUGAAACAUUUCUCUCAAGUGAUGACACUAAAAGUUCUACAGAAUCAUAA